UCCAGAGCCGACUUCACCAAGUCCUCCAUCACUUCAUAGAGUCAGAUCAACCUGCCCUUUUGAAGAGCCUCUGUACCUAUAUACCACCGUUACCGAAACGGCUGGGCUUGACCUGCCAUGUCAACAAUACGCCCCUUAAAGGGCGCCUUCACCAGCCGACUUUCACUAUGGGCUAGACCAUCACCUCACAUCGCCUUUCGACCACACGUCUCAUCACAUCAACCACUUUCUUGCGCAAGGCCUUAUUCUGACGAUCAAUCCAGGGAAUGGGGCUCCCUUCAAGAUUUUUUCAACGAUCAGAUUGAGAAGCCCAAAAGCCACGGGAAACUCCAUCGCUCUAAGCAGACCAAAGAGGCUCGCUCGACCGAUGACGGGGAAGAUGAGUUUUCGAGGAUACUGUCACCAAAGCAAGAGAAGCCUAAGAAACCAUGGCUCAAGAAGAGAGAGGAGAGUCUUGCACGUCGCGACAAGGACAAAGCCGAGGAAAGAAGAAGAAGAAAGACCGCCCGCAACAUCGCCCUCUUGGAACAGGAAACAAGCAGGCGGCACGCCGCUGGACGUCCCGAUAUCACAUCCGCCAUCGACCCCGAAAGAUCGGAAAUCACACCCCGCACCGCCAAGGAAGCGAUUGCGCGCUGGCAGGAGAUGAAGGGGAAGGACAGUCAGUUCCAACCCAAGGAGUCGCGGGCUGUCAGGGCGCUAAAGAGAGAUGUCAGACGGGAGGCCAAGGAGGCGAGGAUCUUCAUGGCAUCGCAGGCCGCCGAGAAGGCUUGGGAACAUGAAUUCGAGCAGAUCGAGAAGGAAAAGAAGCCCUGGAACGUAAAGGAAAGGGUGGCGAAGGAAAGCUUGGAGAAGUUGAAGGCAUUGGAUAAAUUGCCCCGGGAGGUCCCAGCACAAGCGCAGCAAAACGCUGUCCGGACGCCAGAAGACCCUCGAGAAAACGACUCACCAGAAGAGAACCCGGACGAAUGGGAAGACGAAUUGGACGAUGAUGCCGAAUGGGCCGGUAAGAAGAAGCCGUCUAAAAUAGAGCGGCGGCGGAUGAAGCUCCUACAGCGGUUCAAGGAGGGUCUGCAGAAGAAGAUGGGCGUCCCAGUCGGCGACACAAAACCGCAUCCGGAGAUCGAUGCCAAAUGCGAUGCGUGGUUGUAUAAUAGGAUUAAGGCGGAAGAGGACCGGGAAAGGAGGAAGAAAACCCGGAAGGCAGUCGCGCACAAAAAGUUUGUGAGCAAGCUACGGAGGAAGGCGAAAGGCGAGGAAUGA